CGCAACGUCGUCGGCGGGGAGCUCGAGUGCUGCUGCGCGGAGGUGCGGGACACGGGCAUCGGCACGGGCUUCUUCCGCGACGGCCACUGCUCCACGGGCCCGUCGGACGAGGGCAGCCACACGGUCUGCGUCGUCGCGACGGAGGCGUUCCUCCGCUUCAGCGAGGCCGCCGGGAACCCGCUCGCCACGCCCUUCCCGGAGUACAUGUUCCCGGGCCUCGAGCCGGGCGACAGGUGGUGCCUCUGCGCGCGGCGCUGGGCGCAGGCGCGCGACGCGGGCUUCGCGCCCGAGGUCUACCUCCGGGCGACGCACGAAAAGACGCUCGACGUCGUCGCGCUCGACGAGCUCAAGACCUACGCGCUCGACCUC